AUGGCUGCACCAGGCGGAAUCAACCCGCAUUCCGAUGCCGACCUCAUGAGGCAGGCUGUACUACAGAACGGCGCUGCACACGAGGAUGACCAUCCAGACAACAUCAUUGGCUCGAACGGCUCGACCCCGUCAGGAAUUAUCACCCCUCAGCCUGACCCAGCGGAUAAACGCUUGCCUUCUAUAAUCCACUAUUUCUCUCAGGUUGGUAACUCUGCUUUCCCACUGAGUUCUCUCAAAGCACGGUUAUCUGGUUCUUUUACUACUUCUGUUGCGAAUGCUACUACCGCGGAGUCAGAUAUGCAGUCGAAAGUUGAGACUGUGAAACCUGAUGUGGACGGUGGCUCUGGUGAUUCUCCGUCAUCUGGUGCGAAUGCUACAGAAAAGCAUCUCGAAAACCAAGACAAGACCGAGACUACAGAGACCUUUUCCAAACCCACAUCGCUCCCUACCCCCCCUUACUCGUCUGCUUGUUCAUUAUCACAGAAGGACAUGGAGGAAAUGGAGAGUACGGCGCCUACCACCGAGAAAACUGCCGUCUCCAUUUAUUCUGCGCUGAAGGAUUACAUGUCCUCGACAUCGUCGAACAAUAAUGCCUCCGAACUACAUUCUUCACGGCCUCCCACAUGUGACCCGGUGUCCAGCAUCUCUGACGACCCAGUUCUUGCAUCUCAUUUCUCCAAUCCAUCCCUCCCUGACGCUUCAGAUCUUCCACCUCCGCCGGCAGUUCCCCUGUUGGACCACGAAAAGCCCUACCACAUAUCUAAAUCUUCUGAGAACCUUGCCAAGCUGACUGAGAGCGCGGCUAAUCCUUCACAUCUAAAGAAUACCCCGCCCUUGACACCACGGGCCAUGUCGAAUGAUAAUAGUAUGUCGUCUGAUAGACAAUCCAACGGCUCGACGUCGGCUCCUUCGAACUCGUCGAAUCAGCGUCAAAGCCGCACCGAAACUCCGGAAGAUUCUGAUGGUAAAUCAAGUGACGGCGGGUCAUCGUCGGAUGGCCCGGCAGUGGCGCCUCUCAAGGGAAAGCUGUCCGUCAAAAUCUCCCGCGCCAGGGGUUUGCGUCCCAGCACUGAUCCGUACGUUGUGUGUGUCUUCGAAUGGAACGAGUAUAUCUCGAAAGGUACCCAGAGCGCUGCACAGUCUCCUGAAGGCAGGGCUGGCGACAAGGACUAUCUAGACAAUGACUCGGGCCGGCCAAUGGCCAUUCCUAUGAAGAGUCGGCAGAGUAGUCACAACAGUCAACUGGACAACGUGGACUUGAAGGGCAGAGCACCUGUUACGGACCCUCAAUGGAACCAUGAGGCAGUAUUUGAUGUGAUGGGUGAACAAUCUGAGAUUGAUAUUUCUGUUUACGAUCGUUACAACCAAGAAGCGUUCCUAGGCCAUGUCCGAAUGAGCCUCAAUCUACGAGAAGAGCGUUCUAGCUUAGAGGGCUGGUUUCCUCUAACGGCUCGAGGCCAAGGGGACUUUCAAGUCUCUGGAGAGAUUCAUUUGGAAAUGCAUUUUGAGAGAACCGAGAAAAAACAGGUUGGACCAAACGAUUUUCAGAUCCUGAAGCUCAUUGGAAAAGGCACAUUCGGUCAGGUCUACCAGGUCAAGAAAAAGGAUACUCAGCGAAUCUACGCCAUGAAAGUCUUAUCUAAGAAGGUCAUUAUCCAAAAGAAGGAGGUCGCGCACACAUUGGGCGAGCGAAAUAUCCUUGUUCGAACGGCUAUGGCAGCGUCACCUUUCAUUGUCGGUCUCAAGUUCUCCUUCCAGACUCCCACAGACCUUUAUUUGGUUACGGAUUACAUGUCUGGAGGUGAACUUUUCUGGCAUCUUCAAAAGGAAGGCCGAUUCCAGGAAGCGCGAGCCAAGUUCUACAUUGCAGAGCUGAUCCUCGCGUUGCAACACUUGCACGAUCAUGAUAUCGUGUACCGUGACUUGAAGCCUGAGAAUAUUCUGCUGGAUGCGAAUGGACAUAUUGCUCUUUGCGACUUUGGCUUAUCCAAAGCCAAUCUCACCAAGAAUGACACAACAAACACGUUCUGCGGUACUACCGAGUAUCUGGCACCUGAAGUUCUAUUGGAUGAGCAAGGCUACACCAAGAUGGUUGAUUUCUGGUCUUUGGGCGUGCUUGUCUUUGAGAUGUGUUGCGGCUGGAGUCCGUUCUACGCGGAGGAUACGCAACAGAUGUAUAAGAACAUCGCGUUUGGCAAGGUUCGUUUCCCGCGAGAUGCAUUAAGCACCGAAGGACGUAAUUUCGUCAAGGGAUUGCUCAACCGCAACCCCAAGCACCGGCUGGGAGCCAAGGACGAUGCUAAAGAGUUGAUUGCUCAUCCGUUCUUCCACGAUAUCGACUGGCAAGCCCUGAGCCGGAAAGAGGUUAUUCCUCCUUUCAAGCCGAAGCUCAAGUCGGAGUCGGACACUUCCAACUUUGAUCCUGAAUUCACAACUGCUCUCGACCACUCCACGUCGUUGAACGACCGCGCGGCUGCAUUGGCCAAUGGCCUCAUGCCUGGUUCUACGCCUCUUUCACCUGGCAUGCAAGCUAACUUCAAGGGUUUCACCUUUGUGAACGAGAGUUCUAUGGAUCACCACCUCAAGGACAACAGCGCCGACCGAAUGGACGAGGAUAUCAAAGAAGAUGACUCUUGGCAUCGCCCGCAACGAUCAGUGGACUCGACGGAUCGCCGCAUGAGUGGAGUUGUCAAGACUGGGGAAGGAGAAGGCGGUGUCUUUAACAAUUUUGACAUUUAGUCUGUUUCUUUCAUGUGUGGUUGAUGCAUGCCUGUUGGUUUUUGUUGAUUCCCUCUUACGGUUCCCAUUUUUUUGGAGUCAUCAUUGCAUAUACUUGGUUAUUUCCCAUUCAUCCUUGAAGGGCGGACGAAUGUUCUUUCAAUAUCUUUUGCCACGGGUCAUCGCUGUGUGGUUGUCGUUCUUGUUUAAGAUUGGGUGAGUGAUAUGUCUUCCACACGUCUACAAGAUGGCAAGAAUUUCCAACCGACUUGUUGAAAUGUCAUCUUGUCCAACGUACGGGAUCUGGAUGAACUUGGACACUCAUGUCUUUACAUGCUUUCAUAUCAACGCGGGCGUAUAUUUUCCUUUUCUACCUGGUGAUUCCAUUCUAUCAUGUCGGUCGUGACGUGCAGAGACCUUUGCCGCUUCUAUUAUUACCAAUGUCUGUUGAUCAUUCUUAUUAUCAUCAUGUCUGCUCAUUUCCUUAUAUCAUCAUCAACGUGACUUUUGUCUGGCGUUAUUAGUAUUAGCACCGGCGAGCUUCUGCUACUCGACCGAUUCAUAUAUUCUCAAUUGCAUACCCCCUGGAGAUCAUGUACAUUUCCUCUCUGCAUGGUAGUUUUAUGGCAAUCAAAGGAGUAUUCCUAAUUUAACUGGUGUUUUG